CGAGCUCGAGCAGAGCAAGUUCUUAUUAGCAGAUUUCGCUCUAUGAGUUUGUGCCCACGUUGGUCAGUGGGUUUCAGGAUGUCCUUCCUCGACAUAAUUGGAAGGAAGCCUGAAAACUCCGUUGCUGCAAAGCAGUCUCUGCCACUUUUCCUGGCAAGCUCUUUGUGAUCCGCAUCUCCGCACUCAUGGGGGUUUUGCGCCAAGAAACUUCUGGACACAACUUGGACGACGAGAGUUGUGCAGGGGAGUGUUUGGCUAGGAUGAGACCGCAGCACCAAGCAGAGGGAUGCUAGACGUGCGAGCAUAUACAGAAUCAUUGGGCGGAGCGGAGGGGGCCAGAGAUGAUGUCAAUUUGGUGACAGAUUGUGGCGUUCGAUGGGUUUUUCUCGAGCAGCGCCGUUGGACUUCCGACAAUUUCUGUUGCGCGCUCAGGUGCUGCGCUUGUACCGAUCAGCUAUACGCUCUGUCCGUCGCGUCCCUCCUCCUGCUUGCGGCGAGCUUCGGCAAAUCGUGCGAGAGGAGAUGGAACGGAAUCGGGAGGUGAAAGAUCCUCAGCAAAUUCGGUUUUUAUUGGGUGAGGGAAGCCAACGUUUGAAGGAACUGAAUUCCAUGCUGGGAAUACAAGGACACGAUUGAAGAGGUUUUGAGAGUACGAUCAAGUCGUCGCUUUUGUCGAAGACAGUACCGCAUGUGCAGGUCAUGUGGCCUGCCGAAGGAGUCGACACAACCUAAACCCUCAGGCGAGCUGGUUGCAAUUUCUUGACCUGCCGAUAAUCCUUAGCCCUGUCUUGAUUCUGCAUGAUUAGAGCGUCAUUAUGGGAGUCAUACACUUCUAACCAGAUAUUUGGGAGCACAGAAGAUUCAGGACUCACAGCUCGGUAAGGCUACGUUCGAUGUAUAAAAUGUCCUCUAAUGUCGAUCAUAGCACCCUAAGAUUUUAUGUCAACUCUAACAAUGGUCACGUUUCUCACGCUUUUUAAUGCUGAGAACUUGUACUCGAUGACAUCAUCUCGAAGCUCGUAGGCUGCAGUGUAUGUCCGUAAAGUUGAAAUCGAAUGUCACAUUGGAGACUGUUAGAGCUCUUUUUCCUUCCACGAGCUCCUACAUUGGAGCAGAGGAUAAGUUUUGUGUUGUCUACAGCC